AUUGAAUCAAAUCAGGUUUUAGAGAUAAGAUUAGAAAUUUGUUGAAAACAUACAUAUGUACAUAUGCAUACAUAGAUGACUUGCAAAAAGAUGUUAAAAUUUAAUUUAAUUGUGGCUGUGUGUGAUAAUUUUGGUAUCGGCAUUAGAGGUGACCUGCCCUGGCAAAUUAAGUCUGAGCUAAAGUAUUUCAGUCGCACCACAAAGCGCAUUAGUGACCCUACGAAGCGGAAUGUCGCCAUUAUGGGUCGUAGAACAUAUUUCGGCAUACCUGCCAACAAGCGGCCACUGCCCGAACGCCUUAAUAUUGUGCUGAGCACUACACUUAAGCACGAUGAUCUGCCGGAUGAUGUCUUACUGUUUCCCAAUCUGGAGUCUGCCAUGCAGCAUUUGGAGAGCGUUGAUUUAAAGGAUGAAAUCGAAAAUGUUUGGAUUGUUGGUGGCAGUGGUGUAUAUGCUGAGGCAAUGAGUUCGCCACGCUGUCACCGCCUUUACAUAACCAAGAUACAGCAGCACUUUGAGUGCGACACGUUUUUUCCCAAUAUACCCGCAAGCUUUCGAGAAGUCUCGCCUGAUACGGACACACCGUUGGGCGUGCAGGAAGAAAAUGGCAUUAAGUACGAGUACAAAAUUUUGGAGAAACAAUAACGAAAAUAAAGCCUUUAUUUCGGUGUUGCACCGCGCA